AUGGAAAAUACGAACGGGUUCGUGCACUUUGAUGUGGUUUCAGAUGAUGCAGAUCACCACUUUCUGGGUUCAAAUAAAGGAAAAUGCUUCACAGAUUUUAAGAGUGAAGUGUACCGCACCAUCAUGAAAGAGUGGAAAAUCCUGGAGCAGAACUUACCGGAAUCCAUAUACGUGCGGGUCUACGAACGACGCAUUGAUCUAAUGAGAGCCGUGAUCGUAGGUGCCGCCGGCACACCGUACCACGAUGGUCUGUUCUUCUUCGACAUAGGGUUCCCCUCCGAUUACCCGAAAAAUCCCCCAAAGCUGCAUUACCACUCGUUCGGCUACAGACACAACCCAAAUCUCUACUCCAGCGGAAGAGUGUGCUUGAGCCUUCUGAACACGUGGACAGGGAGAAAGAGUGAGAAGUGGGACCCAUCUGGGUCCACGAUGCUCCAAGUGUUGCUCUCUAUCCAAGCACUGGUUCUCAACAAGAAGCCAUAUUAUAACGAGCCUGGACUGGCUAGUAUUGCGUCCUCCGAGUGGAGGUCACGUGCCUACAACGAGAACGUCUUUCUUAUUACUUGCAGCACCUCCCUUCAUCUGCUUCGGAGGCCUCCCUUCAACUUUGAAGCAUUUGUCAGUGCCCAUUUUCGCCAGCGCGCGUUUCGGAUUCUCUCGGCAUGCAGCGACUACACGAAUGGGCGCGCGAGGGUUGGCCAUUACUCUUUUGACUUGCGUCUGUCUUCUUCUUCGUCAAAGCUACAUGUUUCACGGAGUUUUAAAAAGCAGAUGAUAGCGUUUUACCCUCGGCUUCUUCAAGCAUUUCGACAGAAUGGAGCUUCUUUGGAGGGUUUCGUCGAACAUUUGGAGCUCGAGAGUAAGCAUUCCGAAAACAAAAGCGGUGGAAUCUUCAAGAAGGUCAUGGAAAAGAUCAAAAAGGCUUUCGGAUUGAAGAAAAACAAAGGACAACAAAGUCGUCUUGAAAGUGCUUAAAAAUAAACCUAUGGCUUCUCUUUUCUUUUUUCUUAUAUAUUUUAUAUAUUGGUUCUUUU